ACAUCGUCGUCGUUGUCGUUCUUCUUCUUCGGCAAAAUCAACCUUUGAUUCGAAUUUGUUAAGCUGUGACCGUGAAAUCUGAAUGUGCCAACAACCACUAUGGCAUCCCCCGAAUCCAACGGUGUAGAUCACGUUGUUGAGCUCAUUGGUUGUGAUGCAUCAUCACCUUCUCAUGGUGAUUCUGAUGAUGUGGGUAAUGACCAGAUUGCCCCUCUUCUCUCGCUUACAGAGAGACCAAAGAUCAACAUCUUCACGGCUUCUUACCCUCGAAGAAAACCCAGAGAUGAAGUAAUAAGACUACUUGAAUCGGAGACGUCUCCUUUCACUCAGUUUAUAUUGUGGGUAUGGAAUGGGUCCAGAUACUCUGGUUUACUUUGUAUGGCUCUCUCAUCUAUCAUCUACUUUCUCAUGGGAGUUCUUUCCAAUAUUUUUUCUGUUCAGGCAAUUCCUUUGUUCGAGACUGCUUUUGGAAGAUGUACAAUUAUCUUGAUACUGUCAUAUUUGUGGUUGAGAAGGAGCGAACAGCCACUAUUUGGAACAUCCCAUGUUAGAACCAUGUUACUUUUAAGGGCCCUUACAGGCUGUAUAUCGAUGUCAAGUUUUGUAUAUUGCUUUCAGAGGUUGCCUUUUUCUCAAGCUAUUUUAUUGAAUUCAACAACUCCAAUUAUGGCUUCAAUUAUGUCGAGGGUCUUUUUGCGUGAGAAAUUAAAAAUUGCUGAUAUUGCCGGUCUUGCUUGCAGUUUCUUUGGCGUGCUCUUCUUCUUGCGAGAAAUGCUUGCUACGCAAGGACAUUCAGUCAAAGCUGAUGAAGCAAGCAGUGCAUAUGCUAAGACAAGUAAUCAUGUAUUUGCAAUUUUAUUGGGCCUCUUUUCAUCAAUAAUUGGCGGAACAAGUUACUGCCUUAUAAGGGCUGGAGCUAAGGCAUCUGAUCAGCCAUUGUUGACUGUCUUUUCAUUUGGUAUACUGGCUAGCCCUGCAAUGGGAAUAUGUACUUAUAUCUUUGAGGAUUUUGUGCUUCCAGGAGUUCAGUCAAUUUUACUUAUGCUUGUACUUGGUAUUCUGGCCUUCUUUGCUGAGGCCUUGUUAGCACGAGGACUGCAACUUGAGAGGACUGGUAAAGUUGCCAACAUCCAGUACUUGGAGACAGCACUAACCCAAUUUUGGACCCUUGCUUUGACAAGAGUAGCUGCUGCAUCUUUUGAUCACCUCAUUGGGAUUUUACUUAUUGUUAUCUCUGUAUGUUGCACCUUGUAUAUUGGACCUGACAAGGAGAUGGAAUGAUAGAUUUGAGUGAUGUAUUUGUUAGG